CUGGGUUGGCAUCAUCUGCCGAUGGUUGGCAUACACUCUUCCUGAGAAGUAGGUUGCCUUCCGUGAUUACAUAGAAUAGGCUAGACUUUUGUACAUCCAUGUUGGUGUGUACAACGUAGCCUAACAGACACUCGUUAUGUUUAGACAAUACUGUUAGCCUAUAAUGUCCUAAUAAUAGCCUACAGAGGAGGCGCGGUUGUCUUGGGCAGCGUGAUACAGCAUCUUUGCAGAAGGGCAUAUCCAGAGGGACUCCUCAGCAGGACAAAAUGGCCGACAAAAGUGACCUGAAAGCGGAGUUGGAGCGCAAGAAGCAGCGCUUGGCUCAAAUCAGGGAAGAGAAGAAGAGAAAGGAAGAAGAGAGGAAAAAGAAAGAGUCGGAGACACAGCAGAAGGCCGAGGUGGUCCCAGUGGACUCGGAUUUGGACCGGAAGCGUCGGGAGACAGAAGCGCUGCUGCAGAGCAUCGGCAUCUCUCCUGAGCCCCCCUUAGUCCCGACCCCCAUGUCCCCGUCCAAACUGAGCACGCCCAGUGACACCGGCAGUCAGGACUCUGUGGACGGUGGAACGGCUGGCAGGGCAGGUGGCAGUGGCUAUAGUAGGUACAAAACUGAGACAAAGAGUGAGAAAAGGACCCUGCAGUGGGACACUGACCCCUCUGUGCUGCAGCUGCAGGCCGACUCUGAGCUCGGGCGUCGGCUGCACCGACUCGGCGCCUCCAAGAUCACCCAGGUGGACUUUGUGCCCCGCGAGGUGGUGUCCUACUGCAAAGAGACCCAGACUCCACUGGCAGGCCAUCAGUCGGAAGAGGAAGAAGAGGAGGACGAAGAGAUCACAGAACCCAAAGCUGGACCAGAGUCUGAGACACAGGAAGAGGAGGACCAGAAGGAGACCAAAGAAGGCCACCCUCGCGAGCUGACGGAGGAGGAGAAGCAGCAGGUGCUGCACUCGGAGGAGUUUGUCAUGUUCUUCGACCGCAGCAUCAGGGUGAUGGAGCGCGCGCUGGCCGAGGACUCCAACAUCUUCUUCGACUACAGCGGCCAGGACCUGGAGGACAAGGAGGGAGACUUACAGGGUGGCUCCAGUCUGUCCUUCAGCCGUCUGUUCUACGAUGAGCAUUGGUCCAAGCACCGGGUCGUCACCUGUCUGGACUGGUCGCCCCAGUACCAAGAGCUCCUGGUGGCCUCGUACAACAACAACGAGGACGCGCCCCAUGAGCCGGACGGGGUGGCCCUGGUGUGGAACAUGAAGUUCAAGAAGACCACGCCAGAGUACGUCUUCCACUGCCAGUCUCCAGUGGUGUCGGUGGGCUUUGCACGGUUCCAUCCCAACCUGGUGGUGGGGGGCACCUACUCUGGUCAGAUCGCCCUGUGGGACAACCGCAGCCACCGCAGGACACCGGUCCAGAGGACGCCCCUCUGUGCUGCCGCACACACACACCCCGUCUACUGCGUGAACGUGGUGGGCACUCAGAACGCCAACAACCUCAUCACCGUCUCCACCGACGGCAAGAUGUGCUCCUGGAGCCUGGACAUGCUGUCCCAGCCUCAGGAGAGUAUGGAGCUGGUGUACAACAAGUCCAAACCGGUGGCCGUGACAGCGAUGGCGUUCCCCACCGGAGACGUGAAUAAUUAUGUGGUUGGAAGCGAGGAGGGAACGGUCUACACAGCCUCUAGACAUGGCAGUAAGGCUGGCAUCUGUGAGAUGUUUGAGGGCCACCAGGGCCCCGUGACGGGCAUCAGUUGCCAUGGCGCUGUGGGCACCGUUGACUUCUCCCACCUCUUCGUCACCUCCUCCUUCGACUGGACUGUCAAGCUGUGGAGCACUAAGCACAACAAGCCACUGUACUCGUUUGAGGACAACGCAGACUACGUGUACGACGUCACCUGGUCCCCCACGCACCCGGCUGUCUUUGCGGCGGUGGAUGGCAUGGGCCGUCUGGACCUGUGGAACCUGAACAACGACACAGAGGUACCCACUGCGAGUGUAACCGUGGAGGGAGCGCCCGCCCUCAACCGGGUCCGAUGGGCAUCGGGUGGCAAGGAGGUGGCAGUGGGCGACUCAGAGGGCCGAGUGUGGAUCUAUGAUGUUGGAGAGAUGGCGGCGCCACAUAGCGAGGACUGGGCACGCUUUGCCCGCACGCUGGUGGAGAUCCGUGCCAACAGGGCGGACGGAGAGGAGGAGGGCCCAGCGGAGCUGGCGUCGUAAGUGCGGGCAGCGCUGCCACCACGGACGUCCCUCACCGCGCCACAGCCACAGCCACCGCUCUCUGUUCUCUUCGCUCCACGCUACACAAUCCCCCCAGCACCUGGUCCACAUGUGUGUGUGUGUGUGUGUGUCUGUGUGUGUGUGUGUGUGUGUGUGUGUGUGUGUGUGUGUGUUUGAGUGUGUGUGUGUGUGUGUGUGUGUGUGUGUGUGUGUGUGUGUGUGUGUGUGUGUGUGUUUGAGUGUGUGUGUGUGCGUGUGUGUGUGUGUGUGUGUGUGUGUGUGUGUGUGUGUGUGUGUGUGUGUGUGUGUGUGUGUGUGUGUGUGUGUGUGUGUGUGAGUGUGUGUAUGCUGUCUUCACUACUUCUCCGUUGCUCUUUCUAGAUAUGACUGAACAUAUCGGAAUCAGGAGAAGCUGCAAGAACUUCCUGUAGUCUCUGUCGUCCUACUGUGCUGUGUCAGUUCAUCUAAAGGUUACACGGGCCACCACUGACGUUUUCUGGCUGCGUUUAAAUCACUAACCGAGAUCAACUAUUUAUUGGAUUGAUUUAUUGAUUUGUUUGUUUAGUUUGCCAAAUGCUAAUGGAACUUAACUGCAUUCGGAAGCAGAGUAUCAGCUCAGGCCAAAAAAAUGUUGACUUUAUGUUUUUCAGCCGUGAAGCUUUGGCAUUCAUCCAAACAACCAUGUACAAUUUUAUUAGUUGUUUAUUUAUUUGUACUGUUUUCAAUGCCACGGAAAAUGGCUUUACGUGUUUACUUAACAUUGUCAUGUGGUAGCCACAUUGUUGUAGAGAAGUGGAGGGAGCGAAGUAGCAUGUUUGUCGAGCGACGCACACAAAAUGUGGCUCGAACUGCUGUGUUUUAUCUUUAUGUUCUCGUUGCUUGCGUUGUGUGCAUCUCUCUCUCUCUCUCUCUCUGUCUGCAUGGUCCAAACACACAGAGCAACAGAUACUACGCAGCACUACUAUGUACUCUGGUAUUUAGAAAUGCUUUUGAUGUUAAUCCUAAGAUGCUGUAUUGUCAGUGCAAGAAAGGGGGCACUGCAAUGACCUUUGCUAAGUGGCUAAUGGCUAACUGUCGUCUUAAGCUAAAUCAGGGAGCCAGUGAGAGUUUCCUGAAUUUUCUUCUGUGUGAGGAACGUUGUUAAACUUAUAUUCUUUUUUGUCAUUUUGUUUGAAAAACAAACUGUGAAAUAGUGUGAUGAUGGACUAAGUGCAAUAUGUGAUCCUCUGCUACCCUGUGAGUUACUGCCAAUAAAAUAUGGCUAACCCCAAUCCCAACCCUUCCCUC